AACUUUAUUCUCCCCGGUCAGCUCACACCACAACAUCUUUUCCUCUUUUUUUUUUCUUCCACCCCCCCCCCAGCCUCAAUCUUAUUUUUCAUUUGUCCUCCAGCAGGAAUGAAAAUUUGUCCGUAAGGAUUGCGGGACUUCUGUCUUCUUGUUGAGACGGCGGCAAAGAAGCGCGGCCAUGGGCUUGUCGUUUUGCGGUGAGAACGAGAGCGGCUACAGCGUGGAAGACGGCGUGCUGAACAACGGCUGCUUCGUGGACGCCCUCAACCUGGUGCCUCACGUCUUCCUGCUCUUCAUCACCUUCCCCAUCCUCUUCAUCGGAUGGGGCAGUCAGAGCUCCAAGGUGCAAAUCCAUCACAACACGUGGCUGCACUUCCCGGGACACAACCUGCGAUGGAUCCUCACCUUCUCGCUGCUCUUUGUUCACGUCUGCGAGUUUGCCGAGGGCGUGGUGUCCAACAAGAUGAUGGUCACCAACCACCUGCACCUCUUCAUGCCAGCCUUCAUGGGAUUUGUGGCGGCCACCACGUCGGUGGUGUACUACCACAACAUUGAGACCUCCAACUUCCCCAAACUUCUCCUGGUGCUAUUCAUCUACUGGGUGCUGGCCUUCAUCACCAAAUCCAUCAAGCUGUGGAAGUUUGCCGAGGACAAGGUGGACGUCCACCAGCUGAGAGUCUGCAUCACGGCGCUGCUGGUGCUGCUCUACGGCCUGCUCAUGGCCGUCGAGGUCAACGUGAUCAGGAUCAGGAAGUACGUCUUCUUCGCCAACCCUCAGAAGGUGAAGCCCCCCGAAGACUUGCAGGACCUGGGGGUCCGCUUCCUGCAGCCCUUCGUCAACUUGCUCUCAAAGGCGACGUAUUGGUGGAUGAACCCCCUGAUCAUGGGGGCCCACAAGAGACCCAUCGAGCUGAAGAAGAUCGGCAAACUGCCCAUCGCCAUGCGAGCUCUCACCAACUACCUGCAACUUAAAGACGCCUACGAGGACCAGAGGACGGCCGAGAACCCGGAGCGGGCGCCGUCCAUCUGGCGCUCCAUGUAUCGGGCGUUCGGGCGACCCAUCUUGCUGAGCAGCACCUUCCGCUACCUGGCCGACCUGCUGGGCUUCGCCGGCCCGCUCUGCAUCUCGGGCAUCGUCCAAAACCUCACGCCGGAGGGAGACGCUGGCGCCACUUCCGACAAAAAGGAGAGGUACUUUGGCGUCCACCACAUGCUGUUCACCGAGCUGGUCCAGAACACGUCGGUUCUCGCCGUCCUGCUCUUCCUGGCGCUGGUGCUGCAGAGGACCUUCCUGCAGGCGUCCUACUACGUCACCAUCGAAACCGGCAUCAACCUGCGCGGAGCCCUGCUGGCGAUGAUUUACAACAAGAUCCUGCGUCUGUCCACGUCGAACAUGUCCAUGGGCGAGAUGACGCUAGGCCAGAUCAACAACCUGGUUGCCAUAGAGACCAAUCAGCUGAUGUGGUUUCUCUUCCUAUGUCCCAAUCUGUGGGCCAUGCCUGUGCAGAUCGUGAUGGGAGUCAUUCUUCUUUACUGCCUGCUUGGCUGGAGUGCCUUAGUGGGCGCGUCCGUCAUUGUUCUUCUGGCUCCGGUUCAGUACCUCAUUGCCACCAAGCUGGCCGACAUGCAAAAGAUCACCCUGGAGCACUCCACCGACAGGCUGAAGAAGACCUCGGAGAUCUUGAAGGGCAUCAAGCUGCUGAAGCUCUACGCUUGGGAGAACAUCUUCUGCGACAGCGUGGAGGAGACGCGAGGCAAAGAGCUGACCAGCCUCAAGACCUUUGCCUUCUACACUUCCAUGUCCAUCUUCAUGAACGCCGCCAUUCCCAUCGCCGCCGUCCUGGCGACCUUCGUCAUGCAUUACUUCCUCACCAACACGGGUCCGAGUCCCGCGGAGGCCUUUGCCACUCUGGCGCUCUUCAACAUCCUGGUCACGCCGCUCUUCCUGCUGUCCACCGUCGUCCGCUUCGCCGUCAAGGCGCUCAUCAGUGUCCAGAAGCUGGGCGAGUUCCUCCAAAGCGACGAGAUCGGAGACGACAGCUGGAGGAACGGCGAGGUGUCCGUCCCAUCCGAGGCGGCCAAGAAGCACCCUGGAGGGACCAAAGCCAUCAACAGGAAGCAGCCUCUCCGUUACCAGAUGGACAACUACGAGCAGCCGUCCAGGCGGCAGAUGAGACCCAGCGAGACGGAAGAUGUGGCCGUCAAGGUGAGCAACGGAUGCUUCACCUGGGGAAGCAACCUGUCCACGCUGAGCGACAUCAACAUCCGCAUCCCGACAGGUCAGCUGACCAUGAUCGUGGGCCAGGUGGGCUGCGGGAAGUCGUCGCUGCUGCUCGCCAUGCUGGGCGAGAUGCAGAGCAUCAGCGGCCGCAUCCACUGGAGCAACCAGAGGUUCUGCCAGGGGCCGUUCAGCCACCUGGAAGCGGCGGAGGACGAGGCCGGUGACCACGCCGCAAGCAAGAACCGCUACUCGGUGGCCUACGCCACCCAGAAGUCGUGGCUGCUCAACGCCACGGUGGAGGACAACAUCACCUUUGGGAGCCCCUUCAACAAGCAGAGGUACAAGGCGGUGAUCGACGCCUGCUCUCUCCAGCUGGACAUCGACCUGCUGCCCUUCGGAGACCAAACGGAAAUCGGGGAACGAGGCAUCAAUCUGAGCGGCGGGCAGCGCCAGAGGAUCUGCGUGGCUCGAGCGCUCUACCAGAACACCAACAUCGUCUUCCUGGACGACCCCUUCUCCGCCCUGGACAUCCACCUGAGCGACCACCUGAUGCAGGACGGCAUCCUCAAGUUCCUGCAGGACGACAAGCGGACCGUGGUUCUCGUCACGCACAAGCUGCAGUACCUCAUCCACGCCGACUGGAUCAUUGCUAUGAAGGACGGCUCCGUGUUGAGGGAAGGAACUCUGAAGGACAUCCAGACGCACGACGUGGAGCUCUACGACCACUGGAAGACGCUCAUGAACCGGCAGGACCAGGAGCUGGAGAAGGACAUUGAGCAGGACAGCCAAACCACCCUGGAGAGGAAGACUCUCCGCCGAGCCUUCUACUCCCGAGAGACCAAAAACCAGAUGGACGACGAGGAUGAAGAGGAGGAAGAGGAGGAGGAAGAUGAAGACAACUUGUCCACCACCACAAACAGGAGAUCCAAGGUCCCGUGGAAGGACUGCUGGUGCUACCUCUCCUCGGGUGGCUUCUUCAUGGUCUUCCUCAUGAUGUCCUCCAAGCUCCUCAAGCACUCGGUCAUCAUGGCCAUCGACUACUGGUUGGCCAUCUGGACCUCCAAGCGCACCAACCAGACCAUGGUGGUGGGAUCCAACGGGACGUGCCAGGUCCAAGCGGUCAACAAAAGCCCCGCCGACUCAGGUCCGCUAGCGCCAUGGAUGGAUGCGUUUGCAAGAGAUGUUGCGCAAUGUCUGAACCGGGCCCGCUUGCAGGACUCCUUCUACCUGACGGUGUUCAUAGUUCUUUGCGCGGCCGGGAUCGCGCUGUGCCUCAUCACCUCGCUCAGCGUGGAGUUCUUGGGGCUCUCUGCGGCCACCAACCUCCACCACAACCUGCUCAACAAGAUCAUCCACGCUCCUCUCAGGUUUUUUGACAUCACCCCCCUGGGGCAGAUCCUCAACAGGUUCUCAGCUGACACAAACAUCAUCGACCAGCACAUUCCUCCUACCCUGGAAUCCUUGACGCGCUCCAGCUUCCUUUGCUUGUCCGCCAUCGGUGUCAUUUCCACCAUCACGCCUUACUUCAUCAUCGCCCUGGUGCCCCUGGCCGUGGCCUUCUACUUCAUCCAGAAGUACUUCCGGGUGGCCUCCAAAGAUCUUCAGGACCUCGACGACUCCACGCAACUUCCCCUGCUGUGUCAUUUCUCCGAGACGGCUGAAGGUCUCACCACCAUCAGAGCCUUUAGACACGAGGCCCGCUUCAAGCAACGCAUGCUGGAGCUGACCGACACCAACAACACGGCGUACCUCUUCCUCUCGGCCGCCAACCGCUGGCUGGAGGUCCGCACGGACUACCUCGGAGCCGUGAUCGUGCUGGCCGCGGCCGGCGCGUCCAUCUGGGGUUUGCGUUGCGGCCAACCGUACGGAGGUCUGGUGGGCUUGGCUCUCACCUACGCCCUGACGGUCACCAACUACUUGAAUUGGGUGGUGAGGAACCUGGCCGACUUGGAGGUGCAGAUGGCGGCCGUCAAGAAAGUCAACAGCUUCCUCGGUACCGAGUCUGAGAACUACGAGGGAUCCAUGGAUUCUUCUCAGAUGCCGGAGACGUGGCCCGAGCACGGAGAAAUCAAGAUCCAGGACUUGUGCGUGCGCUACGACCCCAUGCUCAAACCCGUGCUCAAGCACGUCAACGCUUACAUCCAGCCGGGUCAGAAGGUGGGAAUCUGCGGCCGCACGGGAAGCGGCAAGUCCUCGCUCUCCUUGGCCUUCUUCAACAUGGUGGACAUCUUUGAAGGAAAGAUCGUCAUCGACGGGAUCGACAUCUGCAAACUUCCCUUGCAGACGCUGCGGUCUCGGCUGUCCAUCAUCCUGCAGGACCCCAUUUUGUUUAGUGGCUCCAUAAGGUUCAAUCUGGAUCCGGAGCGGACGUGCAACGACGGGCGCCUGUGGGAGGCGUUGGAGAUCGCGCAGCUGAAGAACAUGGUCAAGGCGCUACCGGGAGGACUCGAUGCGGUGGUGACAGAGGGCGGCGAGAACUUCAGCGUGGGGCAGCGGCAGCUCUUCUGCUUGGCUCGGGCAUUUGUGAGGAAGAGCAGCAUCCUCAUCAUGGACGAGGCCACCGCCUCCAUCGACAUGGCAACGGAGAACAUCUUACAGAAAGUUGUGAUGACGGCGUUUGCCGACCGCACCGUUGUGACCAUCGCACACCGCGUGCACACCAUCCUGACGGCCGACCUGGUGAUCGUCAUGAAGCGCGGGAACAUCCUGGAGUACGACAAGCCCGAGACGCUUCUGGAGCAGGAGGACGGCAUGUUUGCCUCCUUCGUCAAGGCUGACAUGUAGCAGCGAGUGAUCACAAUGUUUGGGUGCGGCACACGCCCCGACGUUUCACUUUGACUCGGGCACUAAACGUUGAGCCCAAAAACAGAAAACUUCAGUAUCAUGCAACAGCAUUUUUUUUUUCCGGUGCGGCAGUAACACAUGUUGGGCCGAGCGCACGUUGUUUUAUUCACAAGAUGACUUCACUUGAGUCUUUUACCUUCUGCAUCACGUGUUGCUUUGAUUCCUAUUCAGCAUUUGUACAAUGCAACCGAGUCGUGUGCAUUAAAGUCCUUUUCUAGUCUUU